AUGCGCACACAUCCUGGACGUUCUGACACGUUGACAAACCAACAGGGAGUGAAUAGGUCAGUUGCCAACACAGUUCACGCUAAACAUGAAUGUGGGAAAUCCGUCGAGCAAAUGGGCCUGGAUCCAUCUACAAUGGCUAUGGCGGAUGGCUGUCCAACAGGCCUAAGUGAUGGCUCUCAAUGCAACCAUAAGGAUUGGCUUUCAUGCAGUCAAGCUGAGUCGGCUCCUGUUGUUGGGGCCUGCUCUAUUGUCGGCAGCGAUGCAUGGAUGCUUUGGCACGAUCAUGUACGACGUUCAGUCUCUGCACGCCUCCUUCUUUUGCGUCAACCCACACCAAAUUGCUUUGUCCUGAUGGACCGGACAUUUCUUGAAGUAGACGGUGCCCCUACUCUAAACAAAACCACAAUUACCUCGGAAGAUGGCAAGGUAGCGAUGGGGCCCCACUCGAGUCCCACUUUUAGCAUGUCCACAAGCAAUGAUGCGGAACUCAAUGCUGGCCUUCAAACCAACUCGGUUCCCAGCUUUCGGGUCCCAAGAUGUUCUCAGUUCCGUCUACAGCAGCGGCCACGUUUCUGUGUUCUCAUCGGCCAGCAGGAAUGCACCUGCCGACGGAUGGACAACGAGUCAGCCACGCUGCCUGUUGGCUGGCCUUGUCAACAUGUGCUCUUUGUGCUUCUGCGAGUUCUCCGUGUGUCUGUCCAUGACACAGCCACUAUGAUGGCAAAACCUUUGUCAAAACGCAAGGUGAACAUAAUUUUCGCACUUGGUUGUAGUAUACCUCCCAUUCAUGUGCCCUACUAUGAAUACUCAAAACAGGAAUUUAAUUAUUGCUAUUUUACACUUCCACGAUAG